UCUGUACACCGUCGCCAUUUUGUUGAAAACGUUUGCCGGUUGCCUGUGUCCAAUUUUAGCACAAGUAAGAUCACCAUGUUAGUUAGGUUUUUGAUUGGAAAUGCUGGCACUGUGAGACAGGCUGUUAGUAUCCAGUGCCGAAGACAGAUCGGCGUAUCAGCCGUUGUCUUACAGAAAGGACAGAAAUUGGAACCAGUACAGCAACUCUACCUGAACAAACUCCGAGAGUAUGCUUCAAAAAGCAAAGCUGCAGAUGGUGCCAUGUUUGAGGUCUCGCCCAAGACUGAGAAAGAUAUGGCUGAUGAAAUAGACAGACUUACUAAAUUAUAUGGUGGUGGAGACAUGACAGCAUUUCCUGAGUUUAAAUUCAAAGAAGUCGAUUUUGAUGCAGUAGCCAAGUAAUUAAGACGCUCUGGUCUCUUUCGUGGUUUCCAUUCUGUUAUAACUGUGUGUUUUUUGCAAUUUCUGUUCAGAUGCUAUUAACAAUAGUGAAUGUAAAAAUGAAAUAAAUUAGCAAGUUUUGUUGUUUCAUUUUA